CGCGGCGCAAUGUCAAGAAACGCUCGGCGAAGUUCAAAGAUGGCGGCUGUUUUGCAGCAGAUACUGGAACGAACCGAGCUCAAUAAACUACCAAAACCUAUCCAAAACAAACUCGAGAAGUUUCUUGGUGACCAACAAGUUGAGAUCGAUGCACUAAAAUCCCGACACGAGAGGUUUAAAGUAGACAGCGAACAGCAGUAUUUUGAGGUAGAGAAGAGGUUGGCUCAAAGUCAAGAGAAGCUUUUAUCAGAAAAGCAGGAGCGUCAGAAUCUUCAAGAAGAACUUAAACAGCUGAAUGACGAUUUUAAGGAAUUGAAGGAAAAAAAUAAAGAGCAUGAGGCAAAUAAGGAAAAGCUAUCGACAGAGCAGGCACAACUUAAGAGGGCUAAUGAUGAAUUGGCAGCUGAAAAACGAGAACUUACAAGGAAACUGGAAAAGAAGUCUCAGGAAGUUGAACAUUACAGUGAGGACUUGAAACGUUUAAAUGACAAACUUGUUGAAACCAGUACUGCAAAAGUUGAACUUCAGUUGAAACUUGAUGAACUCCAAACAUCGGAAGUUUCUGUUAAGUACCGUGAAAAACGAAUGGAGCAGGAGAAAGAGUUGCUCCAAAAUCAAAAUGUUUGGUUAAAUGCAGAACUCAAAAGCAAAACUGACGAACUCCUUGCCGUCACUCGUGAAAAAGGCAAUGAAAUCUUAGAACUGAAAUGCAGCUUGGAGAAUAAAAAAGAUGAGGUCACAAGAUUAGAAGAACAAGUGAAUAGUCUUAAAUCUUCCAAUGAGAGCUUUCAGAAGCAGAUUGAGGAUUUGAUGGCCAAAUUGAAGGAGUCAAAAGAGCAACAAGCAAGUAUGGAAGAAAGAUUCCGCAAUGAACUUAAUGCACAUAUUAAGCUUUCCAAUUUAUAUAAGAGUGCGGCUGAAGAUUCUGAGUCUAAAAGCACAGAGUUAAAUAGGGCAGUUGAAGAACUUCACAAGCUGUUGAAGGAAGCAGGAGAGGCAAACAAAGCCACUGAAAGUAGGAUGAAUGAAUUGGAAUUGUGCAAAGAAGAAAUGGAAGCGGAACUGAAAGGGAAAAUUACCAGUCUGGAAAAAGAACUUGAGAAUGCAAACGAGCUGCUGUCUGCUUCUAAGCGUAAAGGGGUGUCUGUACUUACAGAGGAAGAAUUAACUACCUUAUCCCCUACGGCGGCUGCUGUAGCAAAAAUUGUAAAACCUGGAAUGAAACUGACAGAGCUUUACAAUGCAUAUGUUGAAACUCAGGAUCAGUUACUUUUAGAAAAAAUGGAGAUGAAACGAGUCAACAAAUACUUGGAUGAGAUUGUCCAAGAAGUAGAGGCCAAAGCACCCAUUCUUAAACGGCAGCGAGAAGAAUAUGAGCGAAUGCAGACAUCUGUUGCUAGUCUGUCUGCAAAACUGGAACAGGCAAUGAAGGAAAUUCACAGACUGCAGAAAGAAACUGAUGAAGCAAAUAAAAGAUCAUCUGUGCUUGAGAGAGAAAACCAGAGAUUUGAGUUAUUGGCUACUGAUCUAUCUAAACAGAUCAGAGUGCUACUAAUGGAACUGGAAGAAGCACGUGGAAAUCAUGUUAUUAGAGAAGAUGAAGAGGUCAGUUCUGCAGAUAUCAGCAGCUCAUCUGAAGUAAUUUCUCAGCAUUUAGUCACCUAUCGCGACAUUCAGGAUCUACAGCAACAAAAUCAACGUCUCCUAGUGGCACUUCGGGAACUUGGGGAAGCUAAGGAGAGAGAAGAACAAGAAACAACAUCAUCAAGGGUUUCUGAGCUUCAAGCAGACUUGGACAAAGCUUUAAGUGAGUUAGAGCAACUGAAGGACAGCCGCAACCAUCAGAUGCAACUGGUUGAAUCCAUUGUACGGCAAAGAGAUAUGUAUCGUAUACUUUUGGCACAGACUACUGGGGUUUCAUUUCCUACUCCCGGUGUUUCAGAAGAAUUUUCUGCUACUUCAACUCCUCGUCGCUCUCCUGCUGUCACACCAACAGUAGCAACUCCAGUGCAAAUUGCAAAAGAAGAAUCUGCUGAUCUCAUAGAAGCUAAAGCUGCAUUAAAACAGUUACAAGAAGUGUUUCUUGCAUACAAAAAGGAGAAAGCUGAAAAUGAUAAAAUUCUUAAUGAGCAUAAUGAAAAGCUUCAGGAACAAGUCACUGAACUGCGGUCCCAAAACACCAAAAUUUCUACACAGCUAGAAUUUGCAUCUAGACGUUAUGAUAUGUUGCAAGAAAAUCUGGAUAGGUACCGCCGUGAGAUUGCAUCAUUCCGGGAAAAAUGUCAGAAGAUGUCAUCUGCUACUCAACAACAGGAGCAGAUGAUCCAUACCCUAACACAGGACCUAAGAGCUGCAAAUGAAAAACUGGCAACCGCUGAAGUUCGAGCUGAAAAUCUAAGGAGAGAAAAGGAUAUGUUUAAGAUAAGUGAGUCAAGAUUGAAUCAAGAGAAGGAGUCAUUGUUGGCUGAACAGAAAGGACAGAACCUCCUUCUGACCAAUCUCAAAUCCAUCCAGGUAACACUGGAACGCUCAGAGACUGAAACAAAGCAGAGACUCAAUAACCAAAUUGAGAAACAAGAAAGAGAGAUUGCCCAAAUGAAGAAAAAAUUAGAGUAUGAGGUAGAACAGAAACAUCUCCUAAGUAGAAAUCAAGAUCUACAGCUACUAGAAGAGAAGAGAAAGCUUGAAACGCAGUUAACUGUGCAUGAGAAAACCAAGGAACUCUUGAAGAAUGCAGAAAAGGAAAUUGGUACUUUAAAGCAACAGCUGAGUAAUGCAGAGAAUCAGAUAGCAUCUCAGGCAUUGCAAGGAUCUGCCAGUGCAGGUCGGCAAGGUGCAGAAGUGGACAUUGAAGACUUGCAAACACAACUCAGACAAGCAGAGGAACAAAAUAAUGAUCUGAAAGAGCGUCUCAAAACUGCUACAAAUAAUGUGGAACAAUAUAGGUCCAUGAUGCUUAGUCUAGAGGAUUCUCUUAACAAAGAGAAGCAGGUGACAGAAGAAGCUAGAACUGUUAUUGAAACACGUUUGAAAGAAUCUCAUGACUAUCAAGUGCAGCUGGAGGAAAAACUUGUUGAAGCUGAGAAGGAAAAACAAGAGCUUCAAGAAGACAAGCGAAAAGAAAUUGAAAAUUUAGAACAACAGGUGUCUGAACUUAAGAAAAAUUUAACAAGUAUUCAGGCAGAACUUCAGGAAGCCCUUCAACGGGCAGCAAUAGCUGCAUCUCACGAGCAGAAGGCCUUACAGGAUAGCCAGCAACAAGCAAAGUUGGCUGUUGAAGCACAAAAUAAAUAUGAGCGUGAAUUAAUGUUGCAUGCUGCUAAUGUGGAAGAAUUGCGGGCUACAAAGAAACAAGUAGGUCAGACUUCUCAGAUGCGACAACAGCUAGAAGACAAAGCACAGAAAGCCGAAGCUCAGCUGAAAGAGUGUAAGAAGUCUUGGGAUGAGCGAGAAGAAAUACUAAAGGAAGAAGUGACUAAACUGGCAUCCCGUUGUGAAGAUUUGCUAAAGCAGAACAACUUGCUGCAUGAACAGAUAGAAGCACUUGGUAAUAAGAUGGUGGCAUCUGUACAGCAGGCUGUACAGGACAGUAACUUGAACAUAUCACUCAAUGAAGAAGGAAAGUCCCAGGAGCAGAUCCUGGAAAUUCUUCGAUUUGUGCGUAGAGAAAAAGAAAUAGCAGAAACAAAAUACGAAGUUGCUCAGGUUGAGAGUCUGCGUUACCGUCAAAGAGUGGAACAUCUGGAGAGAGAACAAAAAGAACUGCAAGACAGUCUGAGUGCAGAGCGGGAAAAAAUGCAGGUAACAACAAAAACACUGGCUCAGCAUGAAGAACUUAUGAAGAAGAUGGAAAACAUGAAUGUUCUGGUGGAAACAAACAAAAUGUUGAGAGAAGAGAAAGAAAGAAUAGAGCAAGAAAUGCAGCAGACACAAGCUAAGGUACGCAAAUUAGAAGCAGAUAUUUUGCCACUGCAGGAAUCAAACGCUGAAUUAAGUGAGCGAAGCGGUAUGUUGCAAGCAGAGAAAAAAUUGUUAGAAGAAGAUGUUAAGCGUUGGAAAGGACGUGUUCAGAAUUUAGUCAGCCAGCAGAAAGAUACUGACCCAGAAGAAUACAAGAAGCUUCAUUCUGAGAAGGAAGCUCACUUAAAACGCAUUCAACAACUGACAGAAGAAACUGGUAGACUCAAGACUGAAAGUGCAAGAUUACAUGCAAGCAUAACAACAGGGCAAAGGGAGAACCAGACACUGAAAGAUAAUUUGAAUAAGGUGUCUGCGGAAAAAGAGGCAAUGCAGAAAGAACUGGAAGCCAAGGUACUUGAUAUCCAGGAGAAAACAAGGACAAUCACUCAAGUGAAGAAAAUUGGACGAAGAUACAAGACUCAAUAUGAAGAACUCAAAGUACAACAUGAUAAGAUGGUUGAAGAAGCUGCUAACAGGCCUGCAAUUGAACAGGAGGCUCAGCAAGCAUCUGCCCAAGAAAUUCAAGGACUUAAAGACGUACUUCACCAAGCUGAAUCCAAAGUUCAGGAGCUUCAGGAAGAGGCAGAUAACCUUAAGAAGAUCAUCAGUGAUCGUGAAGCAGAGAUAAAAGACGUCCAGGAAAAUGUUUCUAAACUGCAAGCAGAGCUAAACACGGUAAAGCAAGAGCUGUUGGAGAAAUCAAACCUUACAGAGCAGCUUCGUCAGCAAAUCACUGAGAAAGAUGAGAAAACAAAAAAGGCAUUCAUGGGAGCUAAGCAAAAGAUACAGCAUCUAAUGGGUACCAAAGAUCAAUUGACAAAAGAGAAUGAAGAUUUACGAGCACAAAAGGAGGAACAAGAGGGGAGAUUGAAUGUUUUAAAGUCUCAGUAUGAGGGACGAAUUUGUCGUUUAGAGCGAGAGCUAAGAGAACAACAGGAGAGACAUCAUGAGCAGCGAGAUGAGCCCCAGGAACAACCCAAUAAGGCUCAAGAACAACAGAGGCAGGCUGAACAGCGACAGAUCACCCUGAAAUCCACUCCUACUUCUGUUGAUCGAGGAAGUACAAGUGCAUUAGAACCCCCAACAGCCAACAUAAAGCCAACUCCCCUAGUUCCUACACCAAGCAAAGCUGCAGCAAUUCCAGGAAACAAGGCCACACCACGUGCCAGCAUUCGGCCAAUGAUCACACCAGCCACUGUUACUACUCCAACCACUACACCUACAGCAACGGUAAUGCCUACAACUCAAGUGGAAACUCAGGAAGCCAUACAGUCAGAGGGUCCAGUGGAGCAUGUUAUGGUGUUUGGGAGUACUAGUGGAUCAGUACGUUCUACCAGCCCAAAUGUCCAGACAACAUUGUCACAAACAAUCUUAAAUGUACAGCAACAGCAGACACAAGCAACAGCUUUUGUGCAGCCAACUCAGCAAAGCCUGCCUCCAGUUGAGCCUGCCAGUCAGGAUCCAUCUCCUGCAAUUGUGGAAGUGGUGCAGAUUGAGAGGCCUUCUACAUCUACAGCUGUUUUUGGCACAGUUUCAGCCACCCCCAAUGCUUCAAUCCCAAAAAGACCACGUGAAGAAGGGGAAGAGAACAUACCCGAUAACACAGAAACAAUCCAGGAAGAUGUGGCAGAUCAGCCUAUCCCAAAGAAGCUCAGAAUAAUUCAGAGAGUUGGCCCUGAGGAAGAAAUUGUGGUGGAAGAUAGUCCCGAUGUUGAAACAGAGGUCCAGGCUGAAAGCCAAGAACCCCAAGUUCCUACACAGGUGGUAAUGGAAGAAGAUUACACUUCAAUAGAUAGCAGCCAGGCUUUGCAACAGACUGCUCCAGGUGACCUCAUUCCUCAGUUAACUGAGCAGCAACAAACACACAUUCAGGACACUUUAGAAGAGAAGCAACAAGAUGUGAUUGUGAUAGAUACAGAUUCUGAAACUGAGGAGGAGGAGGAAGCAGAGCAGGAGUAUGAAGAGGAAGAGGAAGAAGAUGACGAAGAGGAUGGAGAAAUGGGGGAUGAAGGUGAAGAAAGCAAUGAGGGUAGUGGAAGUGGUAAUGGAAAUGAACAAUUUGAAGGAGAAGAACAUGAGGGAAUGGAAAUUAUGGACACCGGAACAGAAAAUGAAGAAAGUUUGGAAACCGCUGACACCAGUCACAGAACAGCAGACCCUCAAAACAGUGGAGAUGGUUGUGUUGGUACGGUUGAAUCAGCAAGUGAGUCCUCCAGAGAGCAACACACUCUACAGCCAGCUGCAAGCAAUACAGACAGACAAGCACCUCGUCCUCCUCAGUCACCAAGGAGACCACCGCAUCCGCUUCCACCACGACUUACAAUACAGGCUCCUGCACAGGAACUGGGACCACCUUCUCAGCGCAUGCCACUUCGCCGCCAGUCUGUGGGAAGAGGACUUCAACUUACUCCUGGGAUUGUUGGUUCGCAACAUUUUUUUGAAGAUGAUGACCGAAUGGUGCCAAGUACUCCAACGUUGGUUGUGCCCCAUAGAACUGAUGGCUUUGCUGAGGCCAUUCAUUCCCCUCAGGUUGCUGGAGUUCAACGGUUUAGGUUUGGUCCACCAGAAGAUAUGGCACAGACCAGCUCUAGUCAUUCAGAUCUUGGGCAGCUGGCUUCUCAAGGAGGCCUAGGCUUGUAUGAAACUCCCCUGUUCCUAGCAGCUCAUGAAGAUGAAUCAGGGGGACGCAGUGUACCAACUACACCUCUGCAAGUUGCAGCUCCAGUUACAGUAUUUACUGAAACUCAUCCCUCAGAUGUGGCCGAGAAUGCCUCACAGUCAGUACCGAUGGUCACAACAUCUACAGGUUCCAGUAGUGAACCAGGACAGGGAGAUGAAGGCGAAGAAGUAUUUAUAGAAUCCGAGGGGCCUGGUACAGAAGCCAGUCUAGAUGUGGAAAGCCAGCCUGAAGCUGAAGAACCUGCUCAGCCAUCUGAUGAUGCUGAUCUUCCUUCUACUAGCCAGGAUCCUCCUCCAACAACUGCUUCUACAGAAACAACCAACACACAGCCCAGAAAUAGAGUGGUAAUUCGUCAUCCUCCGCAUGCAAGGACAGAUAGUCGAGGGCGGCCAGUAACGCAGACAGCUGCGAUCACAAGCAUCUCGGCUGGCCGCAGAGCAUUGGGUGAUGUCGCAGUCUAUUCAGCACAACGCUGCCUGCUGACACAUGGGAGAGGAACGGAGAGGAGAGCAGGUGUUGGGCGUGCCUUUGGAAGAAGAGGACGUUUCAAUAGAGGAAAUAUGAGCUAAUUAGCAUGCUUUCACCUUGUGUACUGUAAAGACUAAAUAAUGCGUUUCUUUUAAUUCCCUUAAAUGUUAAAUACCUUGUGCUUUGUUUAAAAAAAUGAGUGAACAAUUUAAUUAUACUUUCAUAAUAAAAUUUGACAAUUGUCA